AUGGCAUUGGAAUUAGAAACAAAACGCCGAACAGUGCUUCGUACUGCUUUUACGACAGCUGCUAAUGUUUUGGACAAUUUGUUAUCUGAAACGGUGGACACUCGACCCUGGCAACAAAUUAGUGUACAGUGGGAACUGUUACAAGUUAAGUACAAUGAGCUGUGUGUCGUGGAAAGUGCGGUGUUUGAAGCUAUGGUCGAAAAGGCUUCCGAGGCAGAAUUAAUCAGUGAGAUGGAGGCAAAGGAUAGAUACAGCACACGCUACUAUGAACUGAAGUACAAAUGCGAAGACAGACCCAGUUUAGUAAGUUCAGAGUCAUCAAUAAAAGGUAAGCGCAGUUUUAAAUUACCUCCAAUCGAAUUCAAGAAAUAUUCUGGGGACUUGAUAGAUUGGCUUCCAUUUUGGUCGCAGUUCAAAGUAGUGCAUGAUGAUCCAUUGAUUGAUUUAAACGACAAAAUAGCUUAUUUGAGACAAGCCACUGUAGACGGUAGUAAGGCCAGACGUUUAGUGGAGAGUUUUCCUGCAGUAGCCGAUAAUUACUCAAAAAUUAUAAAGAGUUUGAAGUCUAGGUUUGGCAGAGAGGAUCUCCAGAUUGAAGUAUAUAUUAGGGAGCUCUUAAAGUUAAUUUUGAGUCGAGUUUCUAGUAGUUCUUGUAAUGUUUCUGCACUAUAUGAUAUGAUAGAGAGUCAACUUCGUUCACUUGAGACCUUAGGCAUAACUGCUGACAAAUAUGCGGCAAUAUUGUAUCCCCUUAUUGAGUCAUGUUUACCGGAGGAUAUGAUCAGACUAUGGCAUAGAUCUUCACAGUUUUUAAGGCCUUCUGGUUCCGUAUCCAUGCACAAUGUCGAAGAAUAUGCAGAAGUUUCAACUUUGGAGACAAGAUUAAGUGGGCUAAUGAGUUUUCUACAAAAUGAAGUUCAAAAUGAACAAAAAAUUAAUUUAGCAACGGAAGGUUUUGGUUUAUCGACUGAAAAUAAAUGUAAAUCUAAUAACCUGGUUGAAAAGAAGAAUAUAAAAUUACCAAAGCAAGGAACUGAUCAGCCAUCAGCGACCGCGGCUGGGUUGGUAAAUUAUGAGGUUGACAGGUGUAUUUUUUGCGAAGGACAGCAUGACAGUAUCAAUUGUUUUAAAGCACAAAAAUUGUCUAUGGAACAGAAACGACGAACAUUGUCAGAGAAGAAAGCCUGUUUUCGAUGUUUGAAGGUGCGACAUUCUUCGAAGAACUGUAGAGCACGUUUGAAUUGUAUUUUGUGUUGUAAAUCCCAUGUUGUUUUGAUGUGUCCUGAUUUACCUGUUAACAAAAUUGAUACAUCGACCUCAAGUAUCAGCCGCUCGGAAGAAAAUAGGACUGAGGAUCAGACGCUUGCGAAUUUGAAUAAUACACAGGUUUUUUUACAAACUCUGCGAGUAAACAUAAGAAGUGCACAUGGUACUAAACAAGUAAGGGCACUUAUUGACACUGGAUCGCAGAGAACAUAUAUUUUACAGCGUACCGCACAAGAAAUGGGUUUUUCUGCUAAAGGAACGGAAAAUAUCGUACAUACGUUAUUUGGCGGUAAAGGUACUUCUGAACAACGACAUAAAUUAUACAAGGUAACUGCGAGUGAAGGAGCUUACUCUUGUUCAUUUGAUGCCUUAGAUCAACCAAAAAUUUGUGCAGAUGUCUCUCCUGUUUAUCACGGCCCUUGGGUUGAGGAACUUAGUGACAUGAAUAUUUCGCUCAGCGAUGUCGGACAUAUAGCACCAAUUGAGAUUUUGUUAGGAGCUGAUGUUGUAGGCAAAUUGUAUACAGGAAGGAAAUAUCAGUUACAGUGUGGUCUUGUAGCAGUUGAAACUUUGUUAGGUUGGACUCUUAUGGGCAAGGUGCCGGCAGUUGCUUCUAAUUUCAGCACAUAUAUGAUGUCGAUUGCGUUGUUUGUUGAUAGUUCUUCUGUGGCGAAACUCUGGGAGCUUGAUAUUAUUGGGAUAACCGAUCCUGUAGAAAAAUUGACACGAGAGGUGGCGGCCAAGGAGGCUAAGAAUUUUUUCUAUGAGACUAUCCGAUGUGACAACGAAGGUAGGUAUGAGGUUAUGUUACCUUGGUUGAACAAGCAUCCUUUAAUUUCAGAUAAUUUAGUUGUCGCUAGAAGAAGGUUAGAUACUACUUUAAAUAAGUUGAAAAAGUCAAAUUUGUUUGAAUCGUAUAAUUUAAUAUUCAAUGAGUGGUUGAACGAGGGUGUGAUCGAAAUAGUAAAUAAUCCCGAAGAGAAUAAUUGUGUGCACUAUUUGCCUCACAGGCCCGUUAUUAAAAAUACUAGCGAAACCACGAAAAUUAGGCCAGUCUUUGAUGCAUCAUCUCAUGAACAGGGUCGUCCUUCUUUGAACCAGUGUUUAGAGGUAGGGCCUAAUCUUAUUGAACUUAUUCCUUCUGUGUUAUUACGGUUCAGACAACAAAAAAUAGGUGUUGUGUCGGAUAUUCGAAAGGCUUUUCUUCAAAUUUCUGUACAUUCGAAGGACAGAGAUUUUUUGAGGUUCCUAUGGGUAAACAAUGAAGGAAAGGAAUUUGUAUUUCGACAUAGGAGAGUUGUUUUUGGAGUCAACUGUAGUCCAUUUCUUCUGGGUGCUACUAUAGAAUUUCAUUUGAUAAAGGCGCUGGAGAAGUGUUGUAAUGAUAUGCCGUACUCUAAAAAUACAAUUGAAAGGCUUAUGAUUGGGUUCUAUGUAGAUAAUUGUGUGACUAGUGUUACUGAUGAGAAUGAGUUGAGAAAGUUCGUAUCAGAAGCAACUGCCAUCAUGGAGGAAGCUAAGAUGGAUUUGAGAGGGUGGGAGUCUUCUGGUAGUACAAAAACAGUUGUCCCUGUUCUUGGUCUUCUCUGGGACUCCUCAAGAGACACACUAAAAAUCAAUGGUGAAAUUUUUCAGGGAGUGGAAAAUAUGAGCGAGCAAAAACGAAAGUAUCUUAGUGGUGCCCAAAAAAGACAAUUAAAAAAACAAAAAUGUGAACAACAUGCAAAAACUGCUAAAAUGACAAGUUUUUUCUCAGCACUUGAUUCAGCAGCUGCACUGUCCUCGAAGAGUUCAAAAUUAAUUUCUGAUCAUCAAACAUUAAAUACUGGCAUCCCAAAUGCUGAUCCAAGUACGUCGGUUAUAAAUGAUGUCUUAGUUGACAGUUUAUUUACAUCUGGAAAUAUACGAAGCAAAUCCCCAACGAAUAUUGCUGAGGCUGAGCCAUUCGUUAGCCAAAUUUUAACUACAACAACUGUCCAUACACUUUCUGCUGAUGAGUUAGAAGCAAAUAGAAAUGAACAAACUUUUUCUAAUACUUCACCAGUGUCAUUCCAUUCCCACAACGAGACUACUUCCAAGGAUGUCAUACCAAUAGCAAAUGUAUUUAGAUGA